AUGCAAAAAACAUUACCAUCAUCUGAAACAACUCGUAUUGAAGUAAAUGUUUCAGAAUUUUCUCGUGGUGAAAUAUCUGUUAAACUUCGACGUGAUAAUACAUUACUUGUACAUGCAUUGCAUCUUGAUCAAUUUGCAGCAGACAAUUUUUUUCGUAAAGAAUUAGUUAAAACAUUUCCUUUGCCAAUAGGUGCUGAUGUUGACAAAAUACGUUCUGUUAUACGAAAUACAGGUAUAUUAUCAAUUGAUAUACCUAUGUUAAAAGAUAAUGAUGCUAUACGACGUUCACAUGAAGAAUUAUUAAAAACAAUUGAUGAUCAAACAUUACGAUCAACGAAAAAUGAAUAUGAUCGUUCAAUAUCAAAUGCUGAUGUUAUAAAAUCUAAUCAUCAAUCAAUACGACCAUCACCAUCAACAAUACCAAAACGAACAGGUAGUCUUGGUGAUCUUGAAUAUCGUCAAUAUUCACAAAAUUCUUCUAACUUUAAUAUAGCUGAAUUUUUACACUCAAAAUUUCGUCCAUCAUUUACACCAAAUGGAAAAAAAUUAAUAUUAAAAGUUGAUACACGUGGAUAUGAUCCAGAUGAAUUAAUUGUACGUUUACUUGAUAAUAAUUUAUUAGUACAAGGAAAAAAAAAAUUUGCAUUAAAUACAAAAAAAAAUGAAACAAAACACUUUAGUCAAAGUAUUCGUUUACCAGAUGGUAUUGAUAAAUAUAAUGUUACAUCACAAGUUACGGAAGAUGGUGUACUUGUUAUUGAUAUACCUUUACUUAAUUCAGUUUUAUAA